CAAGAAAUUUUUUGUCUGAUUAAUGUUACAAAGCGGUGUGUUUAGUGUAUCUAAAGAUAUGAGGCUGAGGCUGCAUACAUUUUAUCACAUUAAUUAACUUGCCUAACGCGUGAUACUAAACUUACACCACUACUACCUAGGAAACAAAGAAAAAAAAUACCGUACCAUGAAAUCAUGCAUAUGCAUAUUGCAUGCGUUGUUUUGGUAAUAUGAAUGUUUGGGAAAGAGGUUAUGUUGUGAAGGAGAACAUGUUCGUCUUCAAAAUUUAAUAUAUUAUACUGUUUUGCGCUAUGACAGAUUUUCAAUGUGUUACUUAAUAUUAUGUGUGCGGAGUGAGUGAAAUUACAACAUUAAGCAUUAGUUGCUGUGUAAUGGUAGUUGAACCCAAGAAAGCUAGGCCUUAGUUACUGUUUGGUGGUGCUAAUCUCAAGUUUUAUAAAUAUAUAAUAGUAUACUUUAUAUUAUUCAAUAUGGCAUCAAGUAAUUCUGAAAAUAAUAUUUAUAUUAAGGAAGCAGCAUAUAAUAUUCAAUAUUUACUACAGCAGACACAUGAUCAGGCGUUGGAACGCAAUGAGUUGCAGACCAAGCGAUGGCAAGACUACCAGGAUGAUCACAAGGAGGUUAGCGAUAGGUUGCUCUCACUGAGGGAUGAAUUGACACAUACCAUCAUGGUGCCAAUUGGUAAAAAGGCUUUAAUGAGGGGAAACUUGGUUCACACUAACGAAAUCUUGGUGUGUCUUGGAGAUGGCUGGUUUGCCAAAAGGUCAGCCAAACAGGCAGCUGACAUUUGCCAGAGAAGAGUCCAACAUAGUGAGGAGAUGCUGCGGAAGCUAGAGAAGGAAAAAGAACUGUUGACCACGCGGAAAUCAUUCCCAAGUGAUAAUGAAGUAUUUGGAUCAGCUGACUGCCAAGAAAUCAUUGAACCUUACGAUGAAGAGGAAGAAAAACAGUGGAGAGAAAGACACAGACAGAAGGAGAAGGAACAUCGACAGAAACUGGCAGAGUUGAGGAAAGGUCGGAAAACUGAAGUAGAGACUGAAGACGAUCUGUGGAAACUACUCGACGCUUUGGAUCAGGAAGAAGAGUUGGAGGAUGAGCUGCACAGGAUGGGCAAAGAUGUGGAGGAAGAAUCUGAUGAAGAGUGCAGUGAUGAUGAGUCAGAGAGUGGAUCCAGUUCAGAAAAAUGGUGCUAAACAAAGUGAUACAGAGCUGGAAGUUAGUAAACCCAAAGUUCUGAAACGGAGGGUGUCAUUCAAAGAAGACAAGGAAAAUGACAGGGAAGAAGACAAGGAAAGUGAUGAAAACUGUAUGAAAAUCAUUUUUAAACACAGCGAUAAUCCUCCAGCUGUUACAUCUGAA